AUGGUAGCAGGUUUUUCAUUAAAUGCGUUUGAUAGAAAAAGCAUGGCAAAUUCCGUUUUCCCUGUGGCUGUCGUUUACGCUAUGUUCUCAGCAGUGUUCCGUGCAUGGUGUCUAGAAAAAGCCAUGCAUGUAUGCAAUGGGCGGGGCAACGUUCUUCAUAAUCAUAAAGUUGUGAUGGGUAUUUGUACUUUACCAUUUGUAGCAUUAUUUUUUAAUGAAUGGGGGUUUUUCAAUUGGAUGCCAACAAAUUUUCUUCUUUUAAAUACCUGGCAAGUUUGGGGUUGCCUUGUGACUGCUGGAACUCUACCUUUUAUGAAAAAUGUGGUUGCGAAUCGAAUGAUUCGUCAUACAGGACAAGCGCCUUGGCGUAUACUUGAAAUCAUUAGCAUGAUUUUAAUUUUUGUGAUUGGUUCUCUGAUUUAUGAUAAUAUGAGUCUUAUUAGUGGGAUAGCUUUUAUUCUUGUCGUAUCAGGUCGUUCAUUAGGAAUGCUGGAUGCUUUAUCAAAAGAUCCUAAUGAGAGACGUCGAGCAAUGCAAAUGCAAACGACUGCAGAACAUGGUGCGCCUUUACCACCUCAAUACAAUUAUGAUCCCACGGGAGUUGCUGAAUCUUUUGAACAAAUCGAAUUACCUAAGUCCUCUGUGUUUAGUGGUACACACAAUGAAAGCAAUAUGGAAAGUCUAAAAUCUUCCUCUCAUACAUUAAGCCAACCAUUUAGUACUAAUCCCCUUUUGUAA